AUGUGUGUAACAGGGGUAUUAUUUAUUAAAGAACAGGCAUGGGGUGCUGUCCGGUCAGGGUCAGAGGAAACUGGUCCUGGGUUGUUCCAGAAGGUAGGCCCCCUGGUGGCUGACUGGGAGAACUACCUCAGGGGCAUCGCUGUGGAGUUGGACACACAGACACACGGCUCCAAACCCCUGAGCCAAGAAGAGAGCCUUUUCCUUCAGGCAGAGGACCCCUCUCUGCAUCAGCUAGAGGGGAGGUACCAGAUCAUCAUCUCAGCCUUACACUCCAAACUGGACUCCAGACCUGCUCCUCCGAUCUUGCACCUGAAUACAGACCUCCUCCAGGAAAACUCUCCCAACAUUCAUGCUGUUCCCACUGAAGAGUCGCCCUCCUCCUUCCCCCUUCAGGGGUCAGAGUCGCUCACAGCCCUCAUCAGUGAAAUCCGUAAAUUUGGGACACAGAAUGAAAUGGCGACAGAAGAUGCAGAAAUUAGCGUUGAAGUGGACACGUUUUCUGAUCCAACACCAGUCAGUUCAAUAGAGACUACUGAUUGGCUUAACGAAGCUGUGACCGAACAGACAACCUUACAGCGCCUGUUCCCGUCUCUGUCCACCAUCGGCAGCACCAUGUCUCCCAUAGCAACGACCUUUGACUCCAGACAGACUCUACUUCCUGGUUCCCCCUCCCUCGACCACCGGAGACGCAGGAGUCUCCGCAAGAGGCAGAUCCCUGGGGUUAAAGCUUGUCCAGGAGUAGCAGAGUCCACCCAGCAAGUGAGUGGUAUCAGAGACACAUACAAGUGGAUCCUGGGCAUCCCCACCAAGAACCUCCACAUGAACUUCCAGGAGUUGCUGGUGGACCUGAGCUCUAAGAACGAUCGGGGUCUGUACGAGGCUCGGGUCAGGGCGGUGGUGGGGGGUCGACCUCUGACCUUCUACAGCCUGGUGGGUCUGGAGAAUGAGUCCUUCUACCGUAGCAUGCCGCGCAUCAUUGCUCUGGCUCUGGACGCUCUCAAAACGUAAACAGUAUCAACUUCAACAAAACGAACACACGUCAAAGACUCAGUGGCUCAGUGAAGGCAUGGUCUAGUCAGCUUGUGGUGCCAGAGACCAGAGAGGGGGAACGAACCCCGUGGGACCUAGAAACUGGCGACUACUCAUUCAGAUGGGAGGCGAGAGGACAGGCACUGGGCAUUCUAGGAGACCUAAACAUUAGGAAUGUAACAAUUCACCAAUGCACAUCAGGUCCGGUUCAAAUGCUUAAGAUGCUCAGUGCGUCCAUGUUAUCGGUGGGCGGGGAGCCCUAACUGAUCCAGAUGACAUAUGCAUCAGUCAGAAAACCCUUUUAAAAUGUUCCAAACUGACAGUUAACUGUUUUUUACUUUAUAUAGUGUUAUUCCGGGGAAAAACUGCUGCGUCCUCCUUUAGUUCAGUGGCCUAUCAGACUUAUCACGUAACUGCGUAUGAGUGUGAGACAGCAACUGUGCGUACCAUGCUGGAGACAGCUGCUCGCGCCAACGAGAGGUUGCUCUAGUUGUUCUAAUGGCUAGUCCUACAUCUGCAUUCAGAUGCUUGUGAUGGCUUUCACAAUGUCAAAUCAUAGGCUUUAUUAGUUGAGUGACAACAGAUGUAAUUUGGGUCAUUUCGGGUCAUUGUUACCAAAUGAGCUGUAGAAAGUGGUUUUUACUCUCGUUGUGUAGCCAACCGGAAUGGAUACAACCCACAUCCAACUGUUGGGCUUUUCAAUCAUUCACUUUUCAUUUAGUUGUUCAGGUUCACUAUAAGAAAUAGUUUUGGUAGUUUUGCUUUAAACAGUCAGUGUAUUUGGUCAUUUCAACAUGAACAGGGUAUGUUCAUUAAGGACAGCAAUAAGUUUGCCAGCUGCGCAUGGUCGCAUUCAUUCAUUGGUCGGAAUGGAGAAGCUUAAAAAACUCCAAACGGUCUAAACCAUUCCCUUUUGAGACGGGGUAAAAUACAAAGCUGCAUUAUAUAAAUUGGCUAAAUGCCAUGCUAAUUUCUAAAAAUAAAUAUUGACAUAGUACUAGCUGGAAACAUGUUUAAUCUGCAAAAAUGACAAGUUAAUCACUGGGGGAUGGUGAUGUCAGAUACAAGUGGUGGGAGAAAAAGCAUACAUUUCUCCACCCCUAAUCUGAUAGUGGAGUGGUAGAUGUUCAGUCAGCUCAGGUGUCGACACACCAUUGACACACACACACACUGAGGGCCACUCAGUUUAGAGAAGUCAUCUCAGACAGAUCCAGCACAGAGAGGCCCAGCUUCUGAGCUCCAAUCAGCAGCAGUUAUUAAUUAAAAAUGGAAAAUGAAUGUGUUCAAUGCAACAACAAAGAAGUGCAUUGAACCGAAUUGCAUCAAUUAGUUUCCCUAAUCAAACCAAAUCGCACCGACUCGUUUCAAAUUAAAAAUGUAUCGUUCCUGUAUUGUACCAAUGUGUCCAAAUGCGCAUGAAAUCGCCCGCGCAAAUGGACGCAAGUGCACACGUGCACACACACACUGCCUGACUUUGCUGGCCCACGCUGAAGGACAGACAGGAGAGUGACAUUACAAUAUGACAUGUCAACCCACCUGAGAGCCUGACCUCUAUGUACACACAGCCCUGAAUGUAUUGGACCAUCCUGCCUAGCAACCAUUCAUGGAGAUGAGUUGUUUUUUUUACAUGGCUGGCGUAACGCAGUGAGACAGCCAUAGAAAUAGAUAGAGAACUCUUUUUUGUAUCUGUGCCAUUAAAAUGGUGGAAGCCCUAAAUGGCCAUGCUAAAACGGGUCAUAUCCAUGUAUCUAUCUCUAUGGACGCAACCCAUUCUAAUUUAUGAGCCUGUAUAAAUAAGUUAUUCAAAAUGUCUGUAUUUCUGCAGAAGGUUGAGCCUCUUGUGAAGCAAGCAGACUGUAGGCCCCUUCAUACUGUACAUUGGCAUAUUAUUUUUCGUUGCUAUAUUUAUUUGUAUAGAGA